AUGACCCAAUCAGACUCUGGAUCCCUGGGCUACACGCCUAUGGACACGUCAGACUCUGAAUCCCUGGAGUAUGCGCCCAUGAGCACAUCAGACUCUGAAUCCCUGGGCUACGCGCCCGGGAAGCCCAUAGAACUAAUCCUAAGACCAAAGCCCCAACCCACGAUUCCGCCCGCAUCUCCCCCGGACCCCCCCUUACCCCAGGCCAUGAGCACGUCAGACUCCGAACCCCCCCGCUCCAAGCCCAUUCGUCUAAAACUAACCCUAAAACCCAAACCCCCAAGUCCGCCCACAUGCCUCCUAAAUUCCCCAAUGUCUGAGGAUGAACAGGCACCCGAUUCCGCCAGGACCGCAUCAACCGCCGGCUCAACACCCCCGCCAUCACCCACGAAGCCCGUUCUCCGCAAAUGCCACAACCCGGAGGCUCUAGCAUCCGAGCUAUCCAAGUACCUCGUCGAUUACGGUAAGUACCCAAACGCCCCAAACGUCCACCCCCGCCCAGUCACCUACCCAAACCAGAAAGCAAAGGACGACUGGAGCGAGUUGCCAGACGCCGAUGACCGCGACACCUUCGAAGAAUGGGGCCGUAAUAUGUGGGCACCGGGCCGGGUAAGUUCCCUUGCCAUGUUCAGCACGUGGACGAAGCCGUACGAGAACGACGAGAACGGGGAGGAUCCGUGGCAUAUCUGGGCCGUAUUCGUUGUUGAAACGGCGAAGAAAGACGGCCAUGCGGUCGUCAUCUAUGACUGCGACCCUCGUAGGAUAAAGGGUCAAUGGAAGAACAAGAAAACGAUUCAUCGGCCGCCGAAGGGGAUUAUGUUCGACGUCCAGGCGGAGCUCGUCGACUACCUUCGUUACAAGCAAAACCUAAAAAUCAAGGGACUCUUCUACAACGCUGACCAGACACGAUCGGGCAAAAAUCAGUGCAUGAAAUACACCAUGCAGUGGAUGAGCAGAAUGGUGCAGGCCGGUGACGUGCGGUUCGCAGAGAUUGGUGGUAAGGGGAAAUGCGCCGAUCCUCGGGUCAAGAACUGCGUUCGCAUUACUCGUUUCCGAUAA